AAGGGUUACGCUGAGACUCGCGCAGGGUUGAGGGCACAUCCAAGAUGGCGGCGGCAGCGGGGCCACUGCGGGGUCUGGUGCGCUGCUCGCAGCGGGUGGCGGCCGGGCGCUUCGCCGGACUUCCGCGGCGGCGGUUCCACGGCUCUGCUGCUGUCGCUGCUCAGGUGACUGUCCGUGAUGCUUUAAACCAGGCCUUGGAUGAGGAGUUAGAGAGGGAUGAGAAGGUUUUUCUGCUGGGGGAGGAAGUUGCCCAGUAUGAUGGGGCAUACAAGAUUAGCAGAGGACUUUGGAAGAAAUAUGGUGAUAAGAGGAUAAUUGAUACUCCUAUAUCAGAGAUGGGCUUUACUGGAAUUGCUGUAGGAGCUGCUAUGGCUGGCUUGAGACCUGUUUGUGAAUUCAUGACCUUCAACUUCUCCAUGCAAGCUAUUGAUCAGAUUAUAAACUCAGCUGCCAAAACCUACUACAUGUCUUCAGGUUUGGUACCUGUCCCUAUUGUCUUCAGGGGCCCAAAUGGAGCCUCAGCAGGUGUUGCAGCCCAGCAUUCCCAGUGUUUUGCAUCCUGGUAUGGACACUGCCCUGGACUGAAAGUAGUCAGCCCCUGGAAUUCGGAGGAUGCAAAAGGUCUCCUUAAAGCUGCAAUCCGGGAUGAUAAUCCAGUUGUAAUGUUGGAAAAUGAGUUGAUGUACGGUGUGGCCUUUGAAUUGUCGGAGGAAGUCCUAUCAAAGGACUUUGUUGUUCCUAUCGGAAAGGCGAAGGUAGAAAAACAAGGAACCCACAUUACCAUAGUGUCUCAUUCACGACCCGUCAGCCACUGUCUGGAAGCAGCUGCUGUCCUUGCUAAGGAUGGGGUGGACUGUGAGGUGAUAAACCUCCGCACCAUUAGGCCAAUGGAUAUCGAAGCUAUUGAAUCCAGCGUUAAGAAGACAAAUAAUCUUGUAACAGUGGAAGGUGGCUGGCCCCAGUUUGGGGUAGGAGCUGAAAUUUGCGCCAGGAUCAUGGAAGGUCCUGCUUUCAACCACCUUGACGCACCCGUCGUGCGUGUCACCGGGGCCGACGUUCCCAUGCCUUAUGCAAAGAUCUUGGAGGAGAACUGCAUACCUCAAGUAAAAGAUAUAAUUCUUGCAGUGAAGAAAACACUAAAUAUCUAGUUCUGUGUAUGCUGUAUGUGGAUGUUGUUCUUCUGGAGUUAAAAAAAAGAAGUUUGUGGAAUGUAUAUUGCAAGCGAUUGUAUACAUAGCUGGCAUUGUAUAGGAUAUAGGCCUCUGGCAGGGGAAGAG